CUCUCUCUUUUCUUGCAGUCACCCACCCUCCCUCUCUCUCAUAACCUAUCCGGCCACUUUACUGCUUAUGUAUUUACAGGAUUUUUCUUUAUUUAACCGUGACAGUCUUUCUAACGCUUUUUAUCCAGUUCGCCGGAUAUUGGACAGCAUGUAUUUGUUUAGUCUCUUUCGGUUUUGAAUGAUUCUUUGUAAAGCGAGAGGAAAACACUGCUCGCGAUCAGCCGCCGCCGCUGUUGUGAUGGAGAGGCGGUGCGUGUCAGAGCGUGGCGGCUGACGGCCUGCAAGCCUCGGACUGGAUUUACAGCUGUGAACGAGCGAGUGAACACCAACAACGGCAUUGCCAAGACAACCCAGCGCAUAAAGAGACGUUUCAAAACAAGCAGCUCAGAUCAAGGUCUGAAUUAUGAUGGACAUUUACAAGGGGCCCUAACAUCAAUUCUAGGAGAAGAAGAGGUUUGCACAUUUUUCUGAAUUGAAAACCGUGAGGACGACAAAUCAUGCCUCCAAGACCCUCCUCAGGAGAACUAUGGGGCAUCCAUUUGAUGCCCCCCAGAAUUCAGGUGGACUGUCUGCUUCCCAAUGGCAUGAUCCUAACACUAGAGUGCCUCCGAGAGGCCACCCUUAUCACUAUCAAGCAUGAACUUUUUAAGGAGGCUAGGAAGUAUCCCCUCCAUCACCUGCUGCAGGAGGAGACCUCCUAUAUUUUCGUCAGUGUAACGCAAGAGGCGGAGCGUGAGGAGUUUUACGAUGAGACAAAGAGACUUUGUGACCUCCGGCUGUUCCAGCCGUUCCUGAAGGUCAUCGAACCUGUAGGGAACAGAGAGGAAAAAAUCCUCAAUCGAGAAAUUGGUUUUGCCAUCGGUAUGCCGGUUUGCGAGUUUGAUCUAGUGAAGGAUCCCGAAGUCCAAGACUUCAGGAGAAAUAUUCUCAACGUCUGCAAAGAUUCAGUCGAACUGCGAGAUGCGAAUGGAGCACAAAGUCGGGCACUAUACGUUUAUCCUCCCAACGUGGAGUCUUCACCAGAGCUUCCAAAGCACAUAUAUAGCAAAUUAGACAAAGGUCAAAUCAUUGUGGUUAUCUGGGUGAUCGUCUCUCCCAACAACGACAAGCAAAAGUACACGCUCAAGAUCAAUCACGACUGCGUACCCGAGCAGGUGAUCGCCGAAGCCAUCAGGAAGAAAACGAGAAGCAUGCUGUUGUCGGCCGAGCAGCUGAAGAUGUGCGUGCAGGAAUAUCAGGGCAAGUACAUCCUCAAAGUCUGCGGGUGCGAUGAGUACCUUCUGGAGAAGUACCCCAUCAGCCAGUACAAGUAUGUGCGCAGUUGCAUUAUGCUGGGUCGAAUGCCAAAUCUCAUGCUAAUGUCCAAGGACAGUCUUUACACCCAGCUGCCCAUGGACAACUACACCCUCCUCAUGCCCUCAUACGCCCGGCGCAUCUCCACCGCAACGCCUUACAUGAACGGAGAAGCUUCAACCAAAUCCCUCUGGACCAUCAACAGCACUCUGAGGAUACGCAUCCUCUGCGCCACAUACGUCAAUGUGAACAUUCGGGAUAUUGACAAGAUUUAUGUGCGGACAGGGAUCUACCAUGGAGGAGAACAGCUAUGCGAUAACGUAAACACGCAACGUGUCCCAUGUUCUAACCCGAGGUGGAACGAGUGGCUGACCUAUGAUAUGUACAUUCCUGAUAUUCCUCGGGCAGCUCGGCUCUGUCUCUCCAUCUGUUCUGUGAAAGGAAGGAAGGGAGCAAAAGAGGAGCACUGUCCACUGGCCUGGGGAAACGUCAACCUGUUCGACUACACACACACGCUGGUCUCAGGAAAGAUGGCACUGAACCUGUGGCCUGUCCCACACGGCCUAGAAGACCUCCUCAAUCCCAUCGGGGUCACGGGCUCCAACCCUAACAAGGAAACCCCAUGUCUAGAGCUGGAGUUUGACCAUUUCAGCUCUCCUGUUAAGUACCCUGACAUGACCACAAUUGAAGAUCACGCUAACUGGAUAAUUUCCAGAGAGAUGGGAUACAAUUACUGUCAGUCUGGACAGAGCAGUAGGCUGGCGCGAGACCACGCCAUGACGGAGGUAGACAUAGAGCAACUUCGGCAGCUGAGCAACAGGGACCCACUUUCUGAAAUCACUGAGCAGGAAAAAGACUUCCUAUGGAGGCACAGGCAGUAUUGUGUAAAUAUACCAGAAAUCCUGCCGAAGAUUCUGCUGGCGGUGAAGUGGAAUUCUAGAGAUGAAGUUGCACAGAUGUUUUGCCUUCUUAAAGACUGGCCAGCGAUAAAGCCAGAGCAAGCCAUGGAGUUACUCGACUGUAACUAUCCCGAUCCAAUGAUCCGAGACUUUGCAGUCCGGUGCCUUGAGAAGUAUCUGACUGAUGAUAAACUCUCUCAGUACCUCAUUCAGCUGGUUCAGGUUUUGAAGUAUGAGCAGUAUCUUGAUAACCCCCUGGUACGAUUUCUGCUGAAAAAAGCUCUUACCAACCAGAGGAUUGGACACUUCUUCUUUUGGCAUUUAAAGUCGGAGAUGCACAAUAAAACUGUGAGUCAGCGGUUUGGUCUGCUGCUGGAGUCGUACUGUCGGGCGUGUGGCAUGUACCUGAAGCACCUGAGCAGACAAGUGGAAGCCAUGGAGAAGCUGAUCAACCUCACAGACAUCCUCAAGCAGGAAAAGAAGGAUGAAACCCAAAAGGUGCAAAUGAAGUUCCUGGUAGAGCAAAUGAGGAGACCGGACUUUAUGGAUGCCCUCCAAAAUUUCACCUCUCCGCUCAACCCCGCCCACCAGCUCGGUAACCUACGACUUGAAGAUUGCAGGAUCAUGUCCUCGGCCAAAAGACCUCUGUGGCUGAACUGGGAAAACCCUGACAUAAUGUCCGAACUACUCUUCCAGAACAAUGAGAUCAUUUUCAAGAACGGAGAUGACCUACGUCAGGACAUGCUGACAUUACAGAUCAUUAGGAUAAUGGAAAACAUUUGGCAAAAUCAAGGGCUGGACCUGAGAAUGCUUCCCUAUGGUUGCCUCUCUAUUGGAGACUGUGUGGGUCUUAUAGAGGUGGUGAGGAGUUCCCAUACCAUCAUGCAGAUUCAGUGUAAAGGAGGUUUAAAGGGAGCAUUGCAGUUUAACAGCUCGACGCUGCAUCAGUGGCUAAAAGACAAGAACAAGGGCGAGAUGUACGACUUGGCUAUCGACUUGUUUACACGAUCAUGUGCUGGCUAUUGUGUGGCCACCUUCAUUCUGGGGAUUGGUGAUCGACACAAUAGCAACAUCAUGGUGAAGGACGACGGGCAGCUGUUUCAUAUAGAUUUCGGUCACUUUUUGGAUCACAAGAAGAAGAAGUUUGGCUACAAACGAGAGCGUGUGCCCUUCGUUUUAACUCAAGACUUCUUAAUCGUGAUCAGCAAAGGAACCCAAGAAUGCACUAAAACCAGAGAGUUUGAGAGGUUUCAGGAGAUGUGCUACAAGGCCUAUUUAGCUAUCAGGCAGCACGCCAACCUGUUCAUAAACCUUUUCUCCAUGAUGCUGGGCUCAGGCAUGCCAGAGCUGCAGUCUUUUGACGACAUCGCUUACAUCCGGAAGACCCUGGCACUGGACAAAACCGAGCAGGAGGCCCUGGACUAUUUCAUGAAGCAGAUGAAUGACGCUCACCAUGGCGGAUGGACCACUAAGAUGGACUGGAUCUUCCAUACCAUCCGACACCAUGCCCAAAACUGAGCUGAAACGGAUCCCAGCCCACUGGUGGAACUUUGGUUCGGAUAACGGGCAGAAACGAGACCUUCUUUUUAGGACAUCCUGCCCCGUUUAUGCCAUAUAGGGCAUCAUGGCACUCAAACCUCAUGUACAAAUGAACGUCAGAGCACUAAAACAACCUUGAAGGACAUUUUUUUUGUCCUGGUCUUUAGGUUUUCCUUUUGCCCGACAUUGUACAUUAUAGUCUGUCGUUUUAUCCCACUGCCCCCCCUUGCUGCUCUUUUCCUGAAGUUAAUUCUUAUUAUUAAUAUUAUAAAUUAUAUUUUGUUCUGAGGCAAAACAAACCUUGUUCGAGACUCUUCAGGAGCUUUUGCGGGGGUGUCCAUGUCUUCCUGUUUAAAACUACAAAUGCCUUUUAAUAUGCACGGAACCUCUGAGAACACUCAUAAGAAGAAAAAAAAACAGGGUAUGAAACUUUCUGGUCUGCUACCUGGCCUUUCUUUUCGAAACCAACGCUAAUCCCCUGAAAGGCAGUGCGAGGCAUAGCAUUAAGAGACCGAUGGUGCUGAUUUUGUCCUGAUGUUGAGUUGUGCUCCUGUCCUUUGAGUUCACUAGACUGCACGGGCCUUUUAUAAUAGAUGAAUAAUUAGGUUUUGUUCUCAUUUCUUCCUCGUAUGCACAAGCGAGCUAACACGAUAGCCUAAAUACUUUCGUUUGCACUGGACUUAACAACUUUUCAUACUUUUCAUUUUCGAUUUGUUAUGCAUUUCUACGUUUUUGUUCUUAGCACUACAUAUUCUUCAGAACCGUUUUUGUCUUUAUAAUAAAGUUGUGUUUUUUAAACACAUAACAUACUACACCCAUGUAUUACAAUAAUGCAUUAAUGCAUCCCAGUUUUUACUGGAAACAAACUUUUGACCCUACGUUGCUAUCGCCAUGCUUUAUCAGUUGAGCAGAAACACUAUACUAAGUACAUGCGUUUACUUUGUGUCAGUACAGGGUUAUUUCAAUAUUAACCCUUUAAUUUGGUUUUCUGACUCCAGAGUACUUAUCUGUAGCGUCUCUCCGUGUUUUCCAAGUCGUCCGGUGUGCUUCUAGUAAUGAUCGUCCUUCUAUACUCCUUGAUGGAGUACAGAUGAAGCCUUAAUACACUUGCAUAGUAUAAAUAAAUAUAUUCAUAUCGUCCAUGUGUCCUUGCAUGCAGUUUUGUAAAAACAAAAACUGGUUUAUCCCUUGCGUUCAGAGCAAUUUCCCCACUACACUAAAGCUGAAUUUUCCGUCUAUGUUGAAACUUUUACUGAUGCAGGUCCGUGGUCGUUGUUUGUGCAAAAGAAAGCAUUAUGACAGGUGGUGCGACGUUGUUACUCGGUAUAUAGAAAGUUUCUAUAGACGAAAUGGAUGUUUUGGACGGUAAAAUGAGUGGAUGACAAUGGUAAAUAGUUUACCAGUGACACUACACCACCACAGUACAGUAUAACUAACUACAUAUACAUUAUAUACAUACAUGCGUAUUUAUGUGUACAUAUACACAGUGGACAAUGUACAGUGAAUGUUUUAAAGUGGGGGUGGUCUUUGAUGUUUAAUCAGACACAUGUCUGAUGUGGAAAAGUUCCUCUAUUGUCUUGCACAAAUCGAAUAUAUGAUAUUGAUAUGGAGAAACUGAUAGAAAGCUAGUUUGUGCGCCCUCUUGAGUCGGGUUAAGUGCCUUGCUUGGGGCUGUAGGAGCCAAUUCACUCCCCUUGUCUGACAGUUUACCAGCUUUCCGAAUCAUGGUGACCUUCAUGACUUCUGCAAUUUAAACCACUGAGCUACAGAUGGAAAUGAAAAAGUCCCAGACAGGUCAUAUCCACAAAAAAUUAAACCCAGAGGUAUCUGCAUUACCUUAUGUGUUGGGCACAGAUCCCCAUAUUCUCCCCAUAUUAGUCACGAGUGACUAAUCUAAACCCCUGUUGAUGGACAUCUGUAUUUCUGCAUUACUUCGAAGCUGUGAAAAUGUAAAUUUUAGGUGCAAUCAUGCUAUUUAAAUGGAUAUAUAGCUAUUGGCACGUUACCCUUGAACACUAUUUCUUUUCUUCCCACACCACUCUUUGUUUUUUUUUUGUGUUGUGACUUACAGCGUCCUGAUCAUACCUGCAUAACCACCUGAAAUGGUCAGUCAGUGCUUUUAAUCCCCAUUUGUUAUGAAGACCUAAUUUAUGCAUGUUGGAAAAGCUGAAGGAAACAGUGGUUUACGCAUACAAUCUAUAGUUUCUAUAAGUCUGCUAAAAUAAUGGACAUCUAACAAUGCAAAUCAUAAUGAGAAGCAAUUCGUUUUUUUUACUGUUUCAGAUCUAGUGUGGAUCUGAGUAUUUCACACAUAUGCAUUAAUUUGCUAUACUGUACAUGAGGAUAGCUUUUUUGUAAACAUUGUUGCAAUUCUUAUAUGCAGUAAACAUGUGACCAGAUACACUUGGUCUCGGACUGUAUAUGCAGGUGGUUCUUGCAGUAUUUCUUUUCUGUACUUUUUAUCUUUGCCUUCACUUCAGACGUACGCUCAAGUCUCCCGCAUGUGUUUUUAAGCAGAAUAAUACAAUGUGCUCCUUUACGGCCUAAAGCGGAGAUCAGCUACAUUAGAAAUUAGUCAUUGGAAGCAGCCUUACAUUAGUUCUCCUAAAGCCAUUUAAUGCAUGGUUCUGUUCGAUUACUUGUGUCUUCUUGUCUGUACAGGUUACAGAUCAUGGGCUGGACCCGCUAAAUAGCCCAAACGUCUAAUGUGAUCAAUAGCUUUCGAAUUAGUUUUUUUUUUUAAUCAUUUAAUGACUCGCAAGCAGAAAUACUGAGAUGCAUAUAAAAUACUGAGUCUUUUGUAUGACAAUGUUUAGGAAGUUUCAGUUGUACUUGAAUAUCAUUGCUUUGAACCGUCUUUGUGUGUCAACAACAAAGCCGUCAAUGUUACAUAGCACUGAAGGUUCACUUGCAUUGGCAAUUUUAUACCGAUUGUGAAUGUCUAAAUGGUUUGGGGAGGACUCCCUUGCUUCAAAUAGGAACUUUACUACGCCAAUAUAAAGAGAGAAAAAAGACCAUUUGAAUUCAAAGGAAAAUUUAUUUGCUACGAUGUGAAGAAGGAAAAUAUAAAAUAUUUUUUCUAACGGAAGGUCAAAUGGAGAUUUCUGUGCUAUUCUGAAAUGGUUACGUUUCUCUCUCAGUAUUGCUGUUGCGUUGUACUCAUUUUCUUAUUGAAUUAUGAUGUCAUAAUAAUUUUCUUUAUCAAUAUUAUGAAAUUAUAUAUAGCGGGCCAAAUACUUUUCUUUACCUCCUUCCUUGCAUGAGAUAAAAAAAUGAAAAGGAAUAAAGAAGAGUUGCCCUAGUAUUUUUCUUGAUCAUUUGUAAAUGUAAGGCAUCUUUGGCCCGCACUCGGUCGAAACCAUCUGUAAACAGCCAUCAGUUACAAAGCCUCAUGCUCAUUUUUCUAUUUGGUUUCAUUGUGCACCUCAGUUCAAAAGUAGCUUUGUAUUCAGUCUGUCGUCAAUAUUUUGAGUGUUAUGUGACUAUGUACAAAUAAACGUAUUUAAGAAAAAAAUCUUA